GGAGUGAGCAGGGAGUGUGGUGACGAGGAGAGAGAGAGAGAGAGAGAGACGAGCCGGGGCACACGAUUCUGUGGUGCAAUUGACAGGGACAUGGCGACCAUCCUUUCACAAUACAGCACGACAGGGUUUUACAAAGCACCCGUGAGUAAGGGCCUGAUGGGAUGUAUGUUCCUCACCUGCACUGCCCUCAAUGUGCCGCUGCUUGCACACCUCCGCAAAUACCUCAUCUGCAAGUUGCCAGAUGUCUUCCUGAAAGGAGAGAUUUGGCGAAUAGCUUCAGCAAAAAUAUCUUUUGUUGAUACAAAAGAUCUUGUUUGUGGUUCUUUAUUAAUAUAUUAUUUCAGAGUGUUUGAACGAAGAUAUGGAUCACACAAGUUUGCCUCCUUCCUUGUAGCCUCCCAGGUCAUCACCACAGUGCUGGAGGUCCUCACUAUCCUUGUCCUUCAGUGGUUUGCUGUUGACCUCCAUUGGGGCUUUCUGCCACCUGGGCCGUAUGGUAUGAUUUUUCCUCUAUUUGUCAACUACCUUUUUGACAUUCCGCGUGUGGCUCAGACGAGUGUCUUGGGGAUACCCAUCACUGGCAAGACACUCACCUACCUGCUGGGGCUUCAGGUGUGCUCCACCUCUGCUGCAACAGCUAUAUCAGCAUUUGCAGGCAUUGUAGCGGGGAUCUUCUACCGCUAUAACAUCCUGUAUGUGCAGCAAGUGCCCUGGGUGCCUGGCUGGCUGGCCCGAGGUGCCCGGGCCACUCUGGCCCGCCUCCUGGCAUCCCCACCGCCACCAGAAGGGCCAGCAGGAGCCACAUUGGAGUUGCAGCGGCAAGAACAGAUCGAGAUGUGGGAACAGGAGAUGAUGAUGAACAGAGCCAGAGAGAUGCGCAACAGACCAGGGGCCAAUGGUGCUGUACAUCCUUUUAUGCAAAAUUUCAUUGGCAGAAGACAAAAUAAUCCAGCCCAUCCAAACCCUCCACCCACAGAGGAGCAGGUGCAGACACUUGUGGAGAUGGGCUUUGACCGCCAAAGAGUGAUCAAUGCCUUGCAAACAUGCAACAAUGAUGUCAACACUGCCACACAUUUACUUCUUCAGGAAUCAUGAUAAAUGUGAAUUUGUAGCUGUGUGCACAAGUGCUUGCGUGCAUGCGUCGUGUGUCAUGUAUGAAAGCUGCUUGCAUGAAAAUUUGUAUUUAAGCAAGUAGAAAAAUUAUGUUGUAGCCCAAAGCCACCCACCUGUGUUGAAGCAGUGGGAGUUGACAUUCAGCCAGAGACAGUGUAAUAUAGAAUGAUACUCAAGUUGUCUUGGGUCUGCUGGCUGGGCUCCAGCUGACUGAGUCAUUGUUCUUCCUAUUGUUUACAUUUACCUUUAAGGUGGAUGAAAAUUGUUUGUGAUGUGUAGUUAUUUAUUAUAUUUAUUUACUGCUGCACCACUGCAGUUGUAUUUAGUCUGCUAUCCAAAAAUACCUAUUGAGUUCCAGGUAGCUGCAUACUUCACAUAUGUGUUCAUGCUAGUCACAGCAUGCUAAGAGAGGAAGUUCAAAUGACAAUAAGUUUAUACUUUUUUAUGGCUUUGUGGAUGGGUUUCCACAUAAUUAGUAUUAUAGUAAGUGGAGUAAGAGAAUAAGAAUGGAUUAUAGGUGCAGUCACUUACCAUGCUGCUGCUCACUAGUUGGCAGUGUUUCUGUUUGUGAUGAAACACUAGUGGACUUCCUCCUUUUAUCUCCCCAAGAAUAUGAAAGACAAAUAUUUUUGCAAUCCAGAACUAUGUGCUUAUUCUGGCAGGUUUUGCUGCUAUUUUUGUUGCUCUACUUUCCCAUUCCCUUUUAUUUGUUUGCUGUUUUCUGUGUAACUCUGUGUUCUCUGUCUUCAAGAACUCAGGAUUUAUAUUUACUUGACAUUCAUUUGAAUUGUUUGUUUGCAACUACCAUUUAUUUGAUGAAUAGCUGAAUAAUGGUUACCAUGUGACAUAAGUACCAACUUGGCCUGAAGUUUUGUUUUACAUAGUAAGCUCUCAAUAAGCUAAAUAAAUUGAUGAAAACAUAAA